AUGUCACUUCCAUAUCAAGACCUCGAGGCCCUGGACACUGGAUCCAGCCCCAGCGCCUCUGGAGGCAUCAUUCUAGGCUCUUCCGACCAAUGGAGGACCUGGUAUAGCACCAUCAAGGUCACCGCUAAGAGCCUUGGUGUGUGGAAGUAUCUGGAUCCAGAUGCUUCUAAUCCAGAGAAGAUCCCCGAGGAGCCCCGAGAAACACAGCCUGGCGACGCCCAGGAGGGAGCUCAGGAAAUAAUAGACCUGACAGAUGAUAAUUACAAGGUCUUUCAGCGCCUGCUUGCCCAUCAAGAUCGUCAAACCCUUCAGUUCAGGUGGACACAACGAAAUUUGGACCGAGUUGGCCAGCAAAUCCGACGGACUGUUGCUACCAGCCACCAACACCUCAUCGCCGAUAUCGAGAAUCCCCGAACACUCCUUCAAGCCCUUAAGGACCGUUUCUCCCCUUCGGAAAUAGAACGCAUGCUGGAAUUGCGGGUGAGGUGGCUCAACAAGGCAAGGUCGUCUCCAAAGGACUCGCAGGUGGAUGCAUGGCUCACGGAAUGGGAAAAUCUAUACACAGAAGCCGUCGGCGCUCAAGUCCCUGAUACCACCAAUUCUCGUGUGGCAGUAUAUGACUUCCUCUGCGCCGCCCGUCCGCUAGAUGAGAAUUUCUAUUUCUAUACCUACCAAAAAGUCUUCAAGGAGACGAAGGAGGAUAAUGUUGUCUCAUUCACCAGCGUGAUCAACGCUUUCCGCCAGCUCCGCGCGACGUCGCAGAAGAAAAGGAGUGGAAAAGGAUCCGCAGUGGGGUUCGCCACCUUGGAUGGCCAGAAGGAAGCUGGAUCAACACCAGCGCAGUCAGCCCGGCAGAAAUCUUCCAGACAGCUCCCGGACUGUGUCUGUGGGCAGAAGCACUUUUUCCAGUCAUGUCCAUACCUAGUUGUAUCCGCACGGCCAUCUGGAUGGAAACCAGAUCCUGCUAUCGAAAGGAAGAUCCCAGAAACCAUCGGAAAGCUUAGUCCGUUCGCCAAAGCAAAGGCGGAAAAGCUCUACAAAGAGGUGUAUUCGAAGAACAGCGUGAACUUUGCCAACAUGGAUUCGGACAAUGACACCGGACUCGGUUUUUUCACGUAUGAUGUUACUCAGCAGUCCGACCGUGCGAGUGAGGAUACGCUCAAGCAGAACAUUCCUCGGCCAGUCCCCUACGCUUUCUUCACGCAUAACGCCGAGAAUCCACUCAAAAGCGCCUGGCUAAUUGACUCCGCAGCCAACCGUCAUGUGACCAAUAACCGCGAAGCUUUUAUCUCAUUCAAAGAGAUUAGCGCAAACAUCCAGGUUGGAGACACCGAGACAGGCGUUUACGGAGUAGGAACAGUAAAAAUCUGGGGCAGAAACCCAGAAACGGACCGUCAAGUCCCACUGACGGUCGAAAACGUUCGUUAUUCACCAGGAUUUCACACCAGCUUGUUAUCCGUGGGCUUGAUGAAGAAGAAAGGCGUACUUUGGGAUACACAAAAGGAGGCUAUCGGGACCGUAUCUGGAAGACUGGUAGCCAGAGUAAAGGAAUGGGACGGGCUAUUCAUGCUAGAUCAGGCUCAAUUCUCAUCGCCAGCAGCAUUUAGCACCCACCCACGGCGCUCGGCCUUAUCUCUCACAUCCAAAGCCACUCCAAAACGCUGGCAUCAGCGUCUGGCCCAUAUGUACGAGCAGAGGGUCGAAAAACUUGCUGAGAUGGCGGACGGUAUUGAGCUCACAGCGGAGACGCGCACGGAAGAGGACCCCGAGCAUUGCGAGACGUGCCAACUGACAAAAGCUACUCGUCAAGUCUCCCGACGAGCCCAAGCACCGGUAUAUGGGGCUCUUGGACGAGUUCAUUUCGAUCUCAUGCAAAUCAAGGAAGGGUUCAAUGGUGAUCUAUGGAUCACUCACUUCUAUCUUGAUGGUAUCCGGUAUCAUCAUGUGGAAACGCACCCAAAGAAGAACGGCUGCCAGGAUGCAGUACGGAGAUUCGUUGCCACCCUUCGUAACUGGUUCAACCUUCCAAUCCGGGUUUUCCACUAUGACAACGAACGUUCAGCGGGUAAUACCGUACGGCAGUACCUCGAAGACUGUGGAUUUGUAGUCAUACACAGUCUGGUAGGCACACCCGAGAUGAAUAGCUACGCGGAGCGAUCUGGGGGGGGUGAUCAUCUUAGCCUCACGGUCACUGCUUCACGACUCCCACCUUCCGCGGUCCCUCUGGCCCGAAGCUGUACACGCAGCGGUAUAUAUCCUCAACAGAUCGCCCACGAGGCUACCGGAUGGACGCUGGAUCAUUCCGCAGCAGGAGGCAUUCCUCAGUCCGAUAAAAUGCGCCCACGAGCUGAGAUUGGCUAUCUCACUGGCUAUAAAACCACGAAUGUCUGGCGUGUGUGGUUCCCUAGGCUUCACAUGGUAAAGCUUGUACGGGACGCUAAAUUCGAUGAGAAUGUUAGCUUCAAACAUCACAAACACACCCGACAACCAGCUCCCGAGCUCGUUCCAGAAGCCACAGAAGUCGUACAAGAAGAUGAGCUAGACAUCGAGCUCGAACAGGCUCUUCAACGACUCUCGGCCCAGUCACAAGACAUUGCGACAUCUCAAACCCAGGCUGCACCAUCUCCGCUCUCAGACAUCCAGCGGGCCGCAACCCCGCAGGAAAGCAUCGAGAAGGAGCCGCAUCCAGCUGAAUCGGAGUUCUCACCAGCUCAUUCAGAGCCACCCAUUCCGGUGUCACUGCCCUCGCCGCUAGCGAGGCAACUCACACCAUCUUCAACACCAUCUCAGAUACCAUCUGAACACACACAUUCGCUCCCGGCAGUGCCAGAGCAGCUCAUUCAAGACUCGAUGCCGCCAGGUCCGGUCCGAACAUCUUUAGAUCCGCCAAGGCAACCACAGGCAGCUAUCACAAGCAGCUUUCCAGCAGGCACACCCGGACCUUCGAUGGGCUUUCAGCCACCACAUCGGCGCCAAGAAGGGAUAUCAGAAGAUAAUGUCGUGGAGGGAAAACGGAAGCGAAAACCACCUUCAGACCCAUACCUCGCCAGUUAUUUUACGUACGAUGACGAGGAAGAGCAAGAGGGGGUCUUAGCUGCCUUUGCCACUGCAAUCUCUGCACCAAGGCCUGAUCAGCACCGAAAGCAUCGCGAUGAUCUGCCGCCGGAACCCCAGAACUGGAAACAAGCCGUUAGCCACACAUUCAGCGAAGGUUGGUUGGCUGCAGCAGGCCUCGAGAUUGAAUCCUUAGGAAUACGAGGCACAUUCACCAAUUCCCGAAGGCCCCAAGACCGCAGCGUUCAGGUGCUGCCUCUCACCUGGGUCUUCACCUACAAAUUUGACUGCAAUGGCUUUCUUCAGAAGCUCAAGGCUCGCAUCUGUGUCCGUGGAGACCUCCAAGCCAUCAAUUCAGAAGAGAAACGAGCCGCAACCCUCGCAGCUCGUACAGCAAGAUCUAUCUUCGCCCUGGUGGCCGCAUUCGACCUAGAAACAAUGCAGCUCGACGCCGUGAACGCAUUCCUGAACAGUACUCUCGAUGAAGAGGUCUAUACUCAGAUGCCCGAAGGAUUCACGGACAGAGAGAGCUGCUGGAAGCUGAAUAAAGCCCUUUAUGGAUUGCGGAAGUCCCCGAGACUCUGGCAACAAGAAGCCACCCGGGUACUCGAGAAGCUGGGCUUUCAGGCCGUCCCAGAAGACCUCUGCCUCUUCACCCGCAGCGGCAUCAUAGUCUUCUUCUAUGUAGACGACAUCGUCAUCGUCUACCAUCGUUCGAAAUCUAGCGAGGCCAGUCAGCUCCGCACGCAGCUCCAGAAGCACUGGGAGCUUCGCGAUAUGGGAGAAGCCACCUGGUUUCUUGGGAUUCGAAUCCUGCGCGACCGGCAAAAUCAUAAGCUUUGGCUCUGCCAAGACUCCUACUUCUCAUCGGUAGCUGCACGCUAUCAUCUUUCCAGUGGUCGGAAAUAUCUCUCACCACUGCCCGUGGAACGUAUGGCUUCGUUCACAGGCCAAGCUACAGCCUCACAGAUCCACGAAUAUCAGCAAAAGGUUGGAUCCGCUCUAUACGGGACCAUCAUCACCCGUCCAGAUGCUGCGAAGUCUGCCAGCCACUUGGCCGAAUUCCUCACUAAUCCCGGACCUCAACACCUUGAAGCAGCCGACCGGCUCAUCCGUUACCUCGACUCCACUCGUUACUUCGCCCGCGAGUACCAUCCAAUGCAUGACCUCGAGCCUGCCCUUCAAUUCGCUAGCGACGCAUCGUUCGGCGACCAUAAGGACCGCAAGAGCUCGGAAGGAUACCUCUGCAAGCUGUUCGGCGGGGCAGUCGACUGGAAAGCUGGAAAGCAAAAGACCGUGACAACUUCUACCACAGAAGCAGAGCUGCUAGCCCUAUCCGAGGCAGCGAAAUCAGCUCUUUGGUGGAAACGUCUACUCGCCGCGGUCAACCUCGAAUACCAGAACUCAGAAGCGAUGGAAAUUCAGUGCGAUAACACCCAGACCGUCGGCCUUCUCACCAAGGAGACGCCUCAACUCAGUACUAAGCUUCGCCACGUUGAUAUUCACAAUCACUGGCUUCGGCAGGCCGUCCAAGCCGGAGAAAUCGCUAUCCGCUGGGUUCCCACCAAAGAUAUGGCCGCGGAUGGACUCACGAAGCUCUUACCUGCUCAAAAUCACAGCAGUUUCAUGCGCGCUCUCGGACUCACGAACAUACAGCACCUUAUCAAAUGA